CGUCCAGUGAGCCCUAGGAACAAGAUAUGGCUCAGAUCAAAGGCCUUAAUGCUCAUGACCGUCCUCCGGAGUCCAUCCGUCAGCGCUACAAGAAAUAUCAGAAAACCCCUCUAGCGGAAAUUGACCACGACUCUAGCAUACUUGAUCUCCAGGCCUUGGACCCGGACAGCCUUCCGGAUGGUAUCUCUGUUUCGGAAUGGAGGUCCAGCGAGGACUUUCGACUGGCAUUUGACCAGUUCGUCAAAGGGGACGGCAGCAUAUGGCAGCACAGAGGUCCUCUACUUGAAAAUAUUCCCGUCUUUACUCAUCGAUCCGUCUCUGGCUUGCUAAUGAUCCCGUCAAUGUUUCCCCCCACCGUCCAGAUCGAGCUGCUGUCUCGUCUAUUCCACCGGGACCUGUCAAACAACGAACACCAGACAAAUGUUCAUCUGCAUUACGAUGUUACCUAUCCCGAUCAGGCAAAAAACAUUGAGACUCCAGAUGGACCCGCUUCUUCAAGCUUAGGCCAAACUCGGAAUCAAUUCCCAUCUUUUUUUGCGGAUGAUCCAACGAGGACCAUCCACCCCAACGAUCCAGGAACGCAUAAGCCGAUCACGGUACAGAACUUGUUAGAGAAAAAGCUCCGCUGGGUCACACUGGGUGGCCAAUAUGAUUGGACUGCCAAAGUAUACCCAGACGGCCCUCCCCCUCCAUUCCCGAAUGAUGUUGCGGAGCUCUUGCGCGCAGCCUUCCCAGAGACGGAAGCACAAGCUGCAAUCCUGAACGUUUAUUCUGCCGGGGACACAUUGAGUGCCCAUCGCGAUGUCAGCGAGGAGUGUGAUGUGGGCUUGAUCAGCGUUAGUUUCGGUUGCGAUGGAUUGUUCAUGAUUAGCCACGACGAUGGCAUUGGCUGUGAAAUUAUUCGUCUUCGAUCAGGUGAUGCCGUGUACAUGAAUGGUUCAUCGCGAUUUGCAUGGCAUGGGGUGCCGAAGAUCUUACCAAAUACAUGUCCGAGUUGGCUGGCAGACUGGCCAUCGCUAUCUCACGACAACACAGACGCAUCACAGUAUGCGCUUUGGAAGGGCUGGAUGUCCGGGAAGAGAAUCAACUUGAACGUCCGACAAAUGAUGAAUUCUAUGCUACAUGAGGCGCUUGUCACUGGCCAUUGAGCUAGUGUGGUGAUGAAAGGCCUUCAGAGUACGGCAUCAAGUGCCCUCAUCUUAUUCCCGCCCUUCUAGGCGUCGGUUGUCCAACAACUGGGGGACGGGACCUACGAUAUUGACGAAUAUUCCAUACAUAGAAUUUGCUUUCGGGUUGUGAUCUCGUUAGCAGCAAGUAUCCUUUCUCGAGCAUUCUUUGGUUGUUUAUAUAGAUAUUUGAUCUGUACAUACCUACAUAUGGGGUUUAAAAAAAAAGCAAUAUGUUCCGUUGAUUGGAAAUUCC